UUUCAUUUCCAAUUGUUUCAGAAACCAACUUGGGAAAUGCUGUAGAACGAACAGCCAUCACAAACAAUGAUGUUCGAAUCAUCUUUUAGAAAUAAUCAUAUUGAAUUUGAUGAUCCUGUUCAUGAUUUUCUUUCCUUCGAUAUGGUUGAUUUCUCCACAUUUUCACAGGCACCAACAGAAGAAAACAACAACGAGCGAAAACAAUUGGCGCAGAAGAAUAUUGAAGCUAAUCAGAGAAAUAAGGAAAGGCCAUAUAUAGGUGUGAGGAAAAGGCCAUGGGGGAAAUAUGCUGCUGAAAUCAGAGAUACAACGCGGAAUGGGACGAGGGUCUGGCUCGGAACAUUUGAAAGUGCUAAGGAUGCUGCUUUGGCUUAUGAUCAAGCUGCAUUUUCCAUGAGAGGUAGCAAUGCUGUUCUCAAUUUUUCGGUGGAAAAGGUGAAAGAAUCUUUGCAAGAGAUGGAAUAUGAUUGUGACAAAGGGUGUUCACCUGCACUUGCACUCAAGGAGCUGAACUGCACCAAAAGAAAACUGUCAUCUAAAGCUCAAUUGAGUCAAGGGGUAAAGGAAUCUGCAGAGCCUCAAAAUGUGUUGGUGUUACAGGACUUGGGAGUUGAAUAUCUUGAGCAACUUCUAGACAUAUCUGAUCAAACUGCAAGUCCUAGCUACUCAAAGUAAACCUAUUUAUGAAUUAUGAUUACUUUUCUCCCCUUCUCCCCCCCUUUUCCCUGCAAUCAGAUCUUGGCAGGACGAUGAUGGAUGAUAAUGGGCAGACAAAAUUGGGGAUAAUAGCUGUUAGCUAUUGGCUUAGCACGUGGUUUGUGGUUUAAUUUGCAAGCUAGAUUACUAUUUGUACUAUAAUUCCUCUUUUGUAUGUUCCUUGGUUCUUAGAUGUAACAGGUUAAAACACCCCU